AUGGCCCCCACAAUCCUCGUCGUCGGCGCAACUGGCAACACAGGCAGAAAAGUUGUAGAGACACUGCCCCAGCUUAUCAAGCAAUCAUCCUCUCUAUCCAACCAUCGCAUCCUCUGCCUCACCCGUUCAGCAUCCAGUGAUGCGGCCAAGAAGCUCGCUCAAAUCCCUGCUGUCGAAAUCGUCGAGCAGAACUGGGUUGAAAUCGACGAUGCCUGGCUGAAGGAGCACAACGUCGAACGUGUUUUUGUCGCCUCCCACAAUGAACCACAACAAUUCGCCGAGGAAGGGCAGUUCUACGUCAAUUGCUUGCAUGCUGGUGUCAAGUACGCCGUUCGCAUCUCGACCACACACCCCAACGUCAGACCUGACUUCAAGGCCUACUACCCUCGCACUCACUGGGCCAUUGAGCAGAUGCUCAGCCAGCCCGAAUUCAAGGACCUGGCUUGGACAUCCCUUCAUCCUCAAGGCUUCAUCCCCAUGUUCCUGGGUUCUACUGUCGAGUUUAUCAAGAACUUCCGCAAGACUGGUAAACAAGGCACCUUGUCGACAAUGAUCGACGCAGAUGUUCCUUAUGCUCUGGUUGACUCUGGCGAGGUCGGCAUUGUUGCCGGUCACCUCCUUGCUCAGGAAGACGUCGCAUCCCACAACAAUAAGAAAUAUAUCGUGAAUGGCCCUGAAGACUUCUCUGGGAAUAAGCUUGUUAAGCUGGUCGAAGAACAUAUUGGAACCAAGGUGGAAGAGGACAAGGUUGUUUUCAAAGACAUGUCCUUCAUCGAAGAAAUGGCCAAAGGGCCGCAUUCGAAAAAUGUCAUCUUGUCGAUCAAACACGCUGGAGAUGCCCGCGAGGAUGUGACCUGUAGGGCUGCAGCCACGAGCAAGGAGAUUCUCGAGUUGUACGCUCCCAGACGCACGACUGCCGAAGUUUUGGAGGAGUUGCUGUCAGAGUAG